GCUCAAGCUGGAACACUCGCGAAGCGGCGAGAAAGAAGAACGCCAUGACCUCGGAACGCAUGGGCGACCGCAUCGUCGUGCUCGGGAUGACGUGCGCCGGCAAGUCGACGCUCGGCGCAGCCUUGGCGGCGGCGCGGGGGGUGCCGUUUGUCGAGUCGGACGCGCUCUUUUGGGCGCCGGCAUGGACGCCUGUCCCGACGCCCGAGUACGUCCAGCGCAUGGACGCAGCAACGUCGGGCGACGCAUGGGUCGUCGCGGGCUGCUGCAGCGCUGCACACGAUCUCGUACUGGGCCGCGCGACCACUGUCAUCUACCUCGACUACCCGUUCUACUUGCAUUUCAUUCGCCUUGUGAAGCGCACGCUCACGCGGUGGUGGACCCAAGAGCUUCUCUGGGGCACCAACAGAGAGGGCCUUUGGGAGCACUUGAAGCUCUGGUCAAGCGAGUCGCUCUUCCACCACCUGAUACGCAAGUACCAUCAGCGGCGCACCGUGUAUUGGCCCAAUGCGUUUGCCGCUCACGCGCACUUGCAAGUCCUCCGCCUCCCGUCGCUGGCCGCCACCGAGAGCUAUCUCGAUGCUUGCGCGUCGACCACAAGCCCCCACUAGGCCACGAGGUAAUGAACGACACGCGUAGGACGCUUGUAAUGCAAGGUCUCUACCAACGAUC